AUGAGACACUGUGAGGAGGAUGAGACACAGCAGCACCUCCUGAUGGACUGCUAUAGGUCUCAGGAGAACUUAAAAAAAAAAAUUAAGGCUCCGAAGAAGGGCUCAAAGAAAGCCGUCUCUAAGAGCGUCUCCAAGACUGGCAAGAAGAAGAGGAAGACCAGGAAGGAGAGCUACGCCAUCUACGUGUACAAGGUCCUGAAGCAGGUCCACCCCGACACCGGCAUCUCGUCCAAGGCCAUGCUGAUCAUGAACUCGUUCGUGAGCGACAUCUUUGAGCGCAUCGCCGGCGAGUCCUCCCGUCUGGCUCACUACAACAAGCGCUCCACCAUCACCUCCAGGGAGAUCCAGACCGCCGUCCGCCUGCUGCUGCCCGGUGAGCUGGCCAAGCACGCCGUGUCUGAAGGCACCAAGGCCGUGACCAAGUACACCAGCUCCAAGUAAACCCGCUGCUACACCCAGCAACACAAAGGCCCUUUUCAGGGCCAACCCACUGCUUCAACUCAGAGCUGCUUUCCUCCUGGAUCGUUCAUUCAUAACUGGUGUUGACACAUAUUAGCUUUUCUCUAUAUAAAAGUUUUG